GGGGUGUGCCCAACAACAUGAGUGCCCAAAGUUUUUCCCGCAAAGUGCAGACUCAUUAAAUGUUUAAUUAAAGUGCAGCCCCCCAACGAACAGGAAACCAACUAUGGCGAUUGCCUACGAUUGGAAAAGCAACGAUGUCUUUGAUGCGGAUUUCGGCUGGAAUCGCUCCUUCUCAGAGCCUGAUCUCACAGCCAACCAGAAGCAGGGCGACCUCAGCCGGUUCGCCAUCAAGCAUCCGCACGAGUACAUAGCCGUCGAUGACCUCAAGUACUUCCGUCGCCGGCAGCCCGUCCAUCUGCACACCCGGAGCAACGUGUGCCUCUACAGCGGCGAUGAGCCAGUGCCCAGCUUUGGCUCCCUGAAGUCCGAGUAUCGCAAACACUUCCGCGGCACUCAGUCCAGACCCAGAUCCCUUCUGAGACGCGCCACCUCGCUGCGACUGGAGGGAUUCAUGCAGCUGCUGUCGGAGCACCAGGAGAAAUACCACUGGUACACGCCCGAGGACCUGCGAUUCUCCCGCACGUUUCCCGUUCGCAAUCCGGAGAACUGGCAGUUGGGAGAGGGAAGCAGUGCCGCCAACGCCGAUGGCAUGAAGAACUCCUCGUACCUCAUGCUGGAUCCCAGCACCAAGAUACUGCCACGCGAGGUGUUUCUCGACGAGUCGGAGGUGGCGGCCAGGAACCAAUCCAACAAUCCCAACAACAAACUGGCAGCGGAUAAGUUUCGGCGGGAUGUGGCCGCCCAGGAGCAGCAGCGGUGCCACCUGCAGAUGCGGGCCCAGGCCGUGGACCGAGAGCAGCAGGGCCAGGUGCCAGAGCCAUCGGAGUAUCGCCGCCAGUUUGUCCAGCAAUUCCCCGAAAAGGCGCACUCCAUUCCCCAGAUGAGCAGCAUCAAGAUCCAGGGCGAAUUCGUGGCCGUGCCAGAGUACAGGGACAGCUUUCGGAUGUAUGCCAACUACUCGAAGAGUGCUCCCAUCAAAAAGGACGACAACCUGCGCGUCUCCGGCUCCGAGGGCUCCUGUGCCCCCAGUGCCGAGGUGCCGGAGUACCGCGACAAAUUCAUCGACCCACCCAAGCACGUGGCCAAAGAGAAGUCCCUCAAGACGGACGACCAUCUGCGUCCGCGCGGGGAGUUCACCAAAGAGAUUCCCGAAUACCACGAGAGCUUCCGAGACCCGCAGAUCACCGAGAUGCCGGAGCGGGGAAAACCACGAGAGCCCUUCCUCCGGCUGCGCGGCAAGAUUGAGUUUAAUCCGGAGUACAGGAAUAACUAUCAGGAUUUUCCGCGUUCCCGACCCGUCGUCCAGAAGCCCACCUCUUGCUUUCGGCUGCCCACCUCUGGUGUUUCACCCUCCGUCCAUCAUCAGCCGGAUGAGGAUGUGGAGACUCCUGUCCUGGUCACAGUUCCUCCAUCGGAGGUAACGGCCACGCCGGAAUAUCGCCGGGCGCAGUAUAACUAUCAACUGCGAGAGCGUCCCAGGGAUUUGGAGGGAGUUCCAGCUGGUGUACCGGGAAAUCUCCGCAAGAGUUCUGAUUCCUCAUUGGAGGCAAGGCAGCCGCAUGUACAGAUUCCCCACAAACGGAGGACCUCACGUCAGCGGCAGAUCAAGGAGCCCGAGCAGCCAAUGGCCGCCAGCUUCCAGGAUGUGGGCGGAAAUGCAGCCAAAAAGCCAGCCAGAUACGGCCGACGAGCUUCUGUCCUCCAGAACGCAGCCAGUUGCCGCGAGAACUCCUCGAUCAUCGAGGGGAAUCCCAAGUACGCCGUGGGUUGUCGACGGGCAGCCAAGCAAGCACCCGGAAAUCAAACUCAGCCCGGAGCCUUCGUGGUGCUCGACGAGCCCUGCAAGCCUUCCAAUUGGAUGAAGAAGACCUGGUACGACUCCCAGGUCAGCGCAUCUACACCUAAACACUAGUAUUCUGUUUUAAAUAUGUGUA